AUGGGUCCACAAAGAAGGCUGGGAAUUUAUGUUGGGUUUGAAUCCCCCUCUAUAAUUAAAUAUCUUGAACCAUUGACUGGUGACUUAUUUACGGCUAGAUUUGCCGACUGUCACUUUAAUGAAGCAGUAUUCCCAGCCUUAGGGGGAGAGAAAGUGGACCCACGUAAGAAAGAAAUAGAACUUAUUUGGAAUGCAACACAACUGUUGAUGUUAGACCGACGAACAAAUAUGUGUGAACAAGAAGUCAAGAAAAUUGUUUAUUUACAAAGUGUUGCAAAUCAAUUGCCUGAUGCAUUUGUAGACACAAAGAAGGUGAAAAAAUCACAUAUACCAGCUAAAAAUGCCCCUGCACGUAUUGAAAUCCCAACUAAUAAUAAGGCCAUUGAGAAUGAAUCUCAAGCACGCAGAAAGCAUGGGAGACCACUUGGUUCAAAAGAUUCUAAACCAAGGAAAUUGAAAUGA